ACUGUUAAUCGUUUAAUAUUUAGAAUGUGGUGAAAUCUAUAAAAUCUGGUCAUUCCGAGAAAUCCACUUUGAUACUUACCGAACUGUUUUUUAAUAUUGAAGAAUAGAUAUCUCAAACGUAAAACAUUUACUCCGUUUCAACCGAUGAGUAGCCGAAUAAAUUGUUUCUUAUCAACAGGAUUUGUUUACAACUGGACAGGAAUAUUACUCAACAGCUACUGUUAACCUGAAGAUUGAACAGAAUUUAGCUGUAUAAAGCUUUAAGUCUCGAAUAUAACUAAUUCUUUGCACCUUUAGCUAAUAAACUAUUAAAAAUUCUGAUGGCUUCGCUCCAAGGUUUACCUCCUUUACCUAAAAGUUUAAGUGGUUUGUUGAAUUUCAGUAGUGCCCAAUGGAAAGAAAUGGAACGACUUCAUGCUAUGAGAACUAUGAUUCAGCAAGAUCUAAACAGAGGAUUGGCUGAACGGACUAAUUUACAAAGAUUACCAUCACAGAAUGAUAGUUCGGAUAGUAUAGUCAGCGAUCAAGGCAGCACUCAUUCGGAUGCAUCUAGCCAAAGUAGAUCUGGACGAUUAGACAUGCAGCUUGCUCUUUUGAGGAAAGAAAUGAUCUGAUCUGCUGUUUUGGUGGGAAAGGUGCUAAAAUUCAACAUUAAAACCUUCAAGCAAUAAAGGUAG